AUGCUGCGCAGCAAGGAGGUCUGCAAUUAUAAUCUCUACCGCUUAGGGAAAAACAAGAAUCUUCCCGGAAUGCUGAUUGCCCAUCAGUUCCUGCCGACUGAAAACUGGCUGCCUCCCGGCUACGUAGUAGCGGAUAUCAGUAAGACCGCUGCUCUGAUAGAGAACGAAAACGGUAAACUGAUGGAUGAAAAAAUGGAUGGCCUACGGCAGCUUGUCGGCAGAUUGUCCGAGGAAGACCUACCCAUGCUGAACGACCUGAUCGAAGCCGAAAACCGUCCUUGUGCAACAGCGGUGGAUGUGGCAUCCUCGUCGCUAAGCGACCAGUUCAUGCUGAACCGUUUGUCAGACAAAUGCAUAGCUGAUUGCGUCGAGGCGCUUCUCGGUGUCUAUCUGUUGUCAUGCGGUUGCAAUUCGACCAUCAAAGUCAUGGAGUGGUUGGGCCUAAAAGUCAGCUUAGAGAGUCUGCAAGAGCCGAUGACAGCGGAAAAGCUCUCACCGGAAUGCGCUAACGAGUUGGACGUUCUAUGGAAGAAAUAUGGAAUUUCUGAUUUUGAAAAAAUCAUAGGUUAUACAUUCAACAAUAAAGUGUACCUCGUCGAAUCGCUGACGCACUCUUCUUUUUCGGCCAACUUCUCCACCAGAUGCUAUCAAAGACUCGAAUUUCUCGGUGAUGCCGUAAUCGACUAUUUGAUUACCCGCCACUUUUUCGAUUACCAAUGCAACUACACGCCGGGCAUUUUGACGGAUUUGCGUUCAGCGAUGGUCAACAAUACCAUCUUCGCGACCAUCGCCGUUAAGUACAAAUACCACAAGGUGAGUGCCAUUGUUACAGGCUUUAAACAUGGUGGGCAAAUAAAAAUUUUGCUUUCAGUUUCUGAUGCAUACGUCACCUCUUUUAUUCUCCGAAAUCGAAAGGUUUAUCGGUAUCGUAAAUACGUUGCCAGAGAAUGCUAAUU